AUGGAGGGAGGUGCUCAAUCUGUUCAGCUACAAUUGUACACUGGAGGGAUUGCUGCCGCGGCGGCGUGCGGGGGAGCCGCGAGCGUGUGGAACGUCGACUUCUUCUCCGCUAGCGCCCAAGAGGUUGGGAGGGCGAGCUUGAAGCUCAACGCGGGCUCGGCCGGAGAGUGCAAGUGCGAGUGGAUGAAGCGGGACGUCUUGCCGACCAUCAGACAGCUGGCCGGUACUCCGACAAAGGACUACCGAGCGGACAGGCGCGGCCGAAACGCGAAAAUGUCGGGGGGGAGACACAGCCGGGACGCCGGGGGGCGGUACAACCAGAGCCUUCAGCGGGACUGUCAAAAGUGCCGCGAUCUGACCAAUGAGGAGCCAGCGAUCCGGAGGAGACAGGGGACAGGGGAUGUAGGAUCCGUGGAGCAGCAGCACCCAACCAGACCAACCGCCGAAGGUAGGAAGAGUAAGCGGCGGAGACGUGAGCGAACGAGCUGCACCGUAGCGCAGCAGCUCGCGAGGAGGGUGGGUGAGAGCAACACCACCGUCAAGAACAACAAGUACAGCAGCAGCAGCAGCAGCUAGAGGAAAGGCAGCGAAGAACAAAA